AUGCGUCGAGUGCCACGAAGAGCAGCCUCACCCACUCCAACCACCCGAGUCCUCCGCUCGCAAACUAAACAAGCAGCUUCAGAAGCCCACGCCACCAAGGUCACCAAGCCCACCAGGAAGCGUCGCCCACGUGCAGAUCCCUGGGCGAAGAAGCGCAAACCAAACCCCAACCCCAGGCCGCGCAAGCCACCGCCCACCCACUUCACAUGCCGGAUCUGCAUCGAAGAGCAACCCACCGAUGAGUUCGUCAAAUGGGUACCACCGAAGCGCGGCCGCUGGCAGCAACAUCUAGACGUCCCCUUCAACUGCAUCGCCCACCUAGCCCGGAACCCCAGCAAGCGGAAAAUCGACCCCGUCUGCAAGACAUGUAUCGGCAACUUCCUCUCCGCAAAGAUGGACACGCUCGGUGUACGCCAACUCGGCGCCGGCUGUCUAGAACCCGGUUGUACGGAACCCUGGGACCACCACUUCAUCCUGCGAUACAUGCCUGCGGGUGAAGCGCUCGAGAAGUUCAACAUGGAAAUGCUGGAAGUGUGGAAAGAAACCGCGAGUGCCAAGCCAAUGACCUGUCUUUCACCUACAUGCACUGCGAUCGGUUUGCCAGAUGCGACGGCGGCUGGAUACCCGCAAGUCGCGUGCAACGACUGUGCUUUCCGGUCUUGCGCCCAGUGUCUUGUUCCGUGGCACAAGGACGUUACGUGUGCGGAGUAUGCGGCGAAGCAUGUGGAUGAGAAGAUGAGUGAUGCCGAGAAAGAGACGCUCAAGAUUAUGCAGGGUAAAGAUGGAAAGAGGUGUCCGAAUUGCCAGUUGGUUAUCGAGAAAGAUGGUGGCUGUGAUAGCAUGGUGAGACCCUAUCUUGAACUUCUCAUAUGUUUCACUUUACUAAUUCACGGACAGUUCUGCGUUGGAUGCCACAAAUACUUCAACUGGGCAAGUGCCGCUUCAGCGUUGACUGGCGCUAAGAAAGCCGAAGCUCCUUACAUCCGCGACAUGCCGUACUGGCUUCACGAUGGUAUGGUCGUGUGCGAGAUGGACGGUAUCAAUGGACUGGACGGUACUACUGGCGCGGUUGCUGCGGCGACAGACAGCAUGGUAGAGGGAUGA